AUGGAGAAGGCUCUAGCCCUAGUUGUACUGGUGUCAGGUGCCCUGCUCCUGAGCGGGCACCAGCCAGCGAGUGCUCAGGUGUUCUGCCGCUCGCAGUUCAACCUGGCCAACGAGGCGUGCAGCAUGCGGAGCUUCAUCCCGGGCCCUGGGGUGAGGCGCGGGGGCCUGCCGCGGCAGCAGCAGCUCAACGAGACGUCCACGACGACGUCCACGGCCGCCGCCGCCAGCGGCGUCCAGUCCCGGAGCAGCGACGACGACGACAGCCACGGCGGGAGGCGGUCCCGGCACCGGCACCAGCACCGGCACAGCGAGGAGGGGGAAGGGGAGGACCCGCGCGACACGGCGUGCUGCCGCAGGCUCAUGGGCCUCGACAACUCGUGCGUCUGCCAGGCCACCGCGCGCCUCCCGCCCUUCAUGAACUCCGUCAGGCACGUCAUCACGCUCACGCCCGUCGAGGGCUGCGAGAUCUCCUUCGAGUGCCCUGGCCCGCUCUUCUAA